GGACACUGUGAACCUCUGUGUGUUUUUAUGGGUGGAGACUGUGGUCCUCCUCCAAAAUAUAGUCAGACAGACAACACAAGUUAGCCUUAACACCAGCAGCUCCAUGAUUACAGGCUGUGGAAGCUGAAAAUUAUUUUUUCCGAGGUGGUUGUAAGUCUAAUACAUACUGCGCGGCACAUUGGACCGGUUUGAUAACGUUACAAAACAAGAGAGAUGAGUCAGGCGGAGCAGGUGCCUGAGGACAUGCCUGCAUACCUCAACAAUGAGCCUGUACCCACAGAUGACAACAACAAGGACCAUCCACAGACACAGCCGGGCAUGCUCGGCAGGAUAGCGGGGGGCAUAUUCGGCGCCACAAAGGGAGCUCUAGGAGCGACGGUGAGCAGUGUGGGCUGGAUAGGAGGAAAAAGUCUGGAAGUCACCAAGACCACUGUCAGCUCUGUAGCCGCUCUGCCUGGGAUGGGAGUGGGGCUGGUAAAAGGAGGAGCGUCUGCUGUAGCUGGAGGAGUGUCUGCUGUAGCUGGAGGAGUGUCUGCUGUCGGCUCCGCAGUGGUCAGCAAAGUUUCCACAGGAGGAGGCAAAAAGAAGGACAAGUCCGACUGAAGCCGUGAGGAGAGUGACCGCACACAGCUGAGGUGUUACGGCUCGCACUGUGCUGUUACCUGCAUUAGCAUUCAUGAGCCGCAAAAGAGCAACAGGGGACUCAAGUUUGGUGUACACACUGUGGUGAGGGGUGUUUGUUUUUUUUUUUCUUUAGUUUCUGUUUAUGACAGUGAUUUUUGGUAAAAACCCACACUCAUAUGUGGCAAGAACUAACAAAGACUCUCCUGCUCUGUUGUUAGAGGAAUUACACUAUUACCACCAGUGCCUGAAAUUGUUUAAAUAAAAUGUUGAUGUUUCAUUUUUGAUAAUAA